AUGCGUGUCCACCGCGCCUUCUUCGCCUGGGCACCCCAGCUACAGCAAGGGCAGGGAGUGUCUGCCCAGGCGAAGGUUUUCGCUCAAGAAGAGCUCGACGGCGCGCAUGAGGCUGCAGUCACCAAGGCAUGGCUCAGCAAUCGCGCCGGCAAGGGCCUGCGCGCGAAGUGGAAAGCGCUAACGCCAGAAGAGAGAGAGAGCUUCUUGCAGAGCACUGCUGACGACACGUUCACUCUGGAAGAAGCGCCCAACGGGGUGCUAGACGAGCGCCAAGAUGGCGCUCGUUACCCACAUCGAGCCCGCGCUGCUAUCACUUCGACUGACUCGCGCGUUGGUAGAACCUGCGACGCCCCAGUUCAAGCGCCCGAGUCGGCGGCCGACCAGGCUCUGGCCAAGCUUCUACGACAGCGCAACCAGCUCUGUGGCUCUGUGGCGCGAGCCGCGAUGUCGGCACAGCUGGCUGCUAUGGCGAUG